CCUCCCUCCUUACCCUUCCUCCCCGCCGGCGGGGAUGAGGUAAGGCUGGCGGGUGGCACAGGGCUGCUCCAUUUGCAUAAUAAUCUCGUUAAUGGAGCCUGGCCUGCGGGAGAGCCGGGCUGGAGACGCCACCCCCUCCCCGCCCCGCUGCCUCCCUCCGGCCCCGCCGCUCCUCCAGCCGCGGCGCGGGGCGCGGAGCGGAGCGCGGGGCGCGCAGCCGGACGGGCACCGCCGGGCCGGCCCGCCAGCAGCCCCGGGCCGCCUGCUGACAUCCCCCCGGCAAGCCGGAGCAGCCUGACUCUCUGGGCACCUCCACCACCUCCAGCAUGAACCGGGGAGCACCGGCCCCUGUCCCCCGCCUUCCCUGAGCCCCCCCGCGCCUGCGGGCAGCCCCGGCCAUGGAGAAGACCUACUCGCUGACGGCCCACUACGACGAGUUCCAGGAGGUGAAGUACGUGAGCCGGUACCAGAGCGGCACGCUGCCCAACGGCUUCGCCCUCCAGCUGGGCGCCGGGGCCAAGAAGCGUGGGGGGGGGCUGCCGCGCUGGAGCCGCCGGGAGAUCUGCCUGCUCUCGGGGCUGGUGUUCGCCGCCGGGCUCUGCGUCAUCCUGACGUGCAUGUUGGUCCUCAAAUACCUGGCGGCCGAAGGGGACAGCUACUGCCUGGAGGGCUGCCAGGAGAAGAAGGCCUUCCUGCGGGCGUCCCGCUUCCUCAGCGCCAACAUGGACGCCACCAUCGACCCCUGCCAGGAUUUCUACUCCUUCGCCUGCGGCGGGUGGCUCCGGCGGCACGGCAUCCCCGAGGACAAGCUGGUGUACGGCACCAUCGGGGCCAUCGCCGAGCAGAACGAGGCCAAGCUGCGGGCGCUGCUGAGCCGCCCCGUGCGCCGCCGAGCCCCCGCCUCGGCCGAGAGGAAGGUGAAGGAGUUUUUCCGCUCCUGCCUGGACCGGGCUGAGAUCGACCGGCUGGGCCCGCGGCCCAUGCUGGAGGUGAUCGGGGAGUGCGGAGGCUGGGACGCCUCGCCGGGCCGCGGGGACCUCAACGAGCUGCUCUACAAGACGCAGGGGGUCUACAGCGCCGCCGUGCUCUUCUCGCUCACCGUCAGCCUGGACGACAGGAACACCUCCCGCUACGUCAUCCGGAUUGACCAGGAUGGGCUGACUCUGCCCGAGCGGACCCUCUACCUGGGGCAGGAUGAGGAGAGCGAGAAGAUCCUGGCCGCGUACCGGGUCUUCAUGGAGCGGCUGCUCACCCUCCUGGGGGCCGAGCACGUGGAGCAGAAGGCGCAGGAGAUCCUCCAGCUGGAGCAGCACCUCGCCAACAUCACGGUGUCCGAGUACGACGACGUGCGGAGGGAUGUCAGCUCCAUGUACCACAAAGUGACCCUGGGCGAGCUGCAGCGCAUCACCCCCACGCUCAAGUGGAAGCGCUUGCUGGACCGCAUCUUCCACGACAACUUCUCGGAGGACGAGGAGGUGGUGCUGCUGGCCACCGACUACAUGCACAAGGUGUCCGACCUCAUCCGUGUGACGCCCAGCAGGAUCCUCCACAACUACAUGCUGUGGCGCAUCGUGGUGGUGCUGAGCGAGCACCUCUCCACCCCGUUCCGUGAUGCCAUCCACGAGCUCUCCAAGGAGAUGGAGGGCAACGAGAAGCAGCUGGAGCCGGGCAAGGUCUGCCUGAGCCAGGCCAACAAGCACUUCGGCAUGGCCCUGGGCGCUCUCUUCGUCGAGGAGUACUUCUCCUCUGCCAGCAAGGCCAAGGUGCAGCAGCUGGUGGAGGACAUCAAAUACAUCCUGGACCAGCGCCUGGAUGAGCUGGACUGGAUGGACGAGGAGACGCGGAGAGCGGCCAGGGCCAAGCUGCAGUACAUGAUGGUGAUGAUCGGGUACCCCGACUUCCUGCUGAAGCCAGAGGCCAUCGACAAGGAGUAUGAGUUUGAGGUGGACGAGAAGACCUACUUCAAGAACAUCCUCAACAGCAUCGCCUUCAGCAUCAGGCUCUCGGUGAAGAAGAUCCGGCAGGAGGUGGACAAGUCUGCGUGGGUAUUGCCCCCCCAGGCGCUCAAUGCCUACUACCUGCCCAACAAGAAUCAGAUGGUGUUCCCCGCCGGCAUCCUGCAGCCGACCCUCUACGACCCUGAGUUCCCGCAGUCUCUGAACUACGGUGGGAUCGGCACCAUCAUCGGGCACGAGCUGACCCACGGCUACGACGACUGGGGGGGGCAGUACGACCGGCACGGGAACCUGGUGCACUGGUGGACGGAGACGUCCUACAGCAAGUUCCUGAAGAAGGCGCAGUGCAUCGUCAACCUCUACGACAACUUCCCCGUAUACAACCAGGGGGUGAACGGCAAACACACGCUGGGGGAGAACAUCGCUGACAUGGGGGGGCUCAAGCUCGCCUACUACGCCUACCAGAAGUGGGUGCGGGAGCACGGCCCCGAGCACCCCCUGCACCACCUGAAGUACACCCACGACCAGCUCUUCUUCAUCGCCUUCGCCCAGAACUGGUGCAUCAAGCGGCGAUCCCAGUCCAUCUACCUGCAGGUGCUAACGGACAAGCACGCCCCGGAGCACUACAGGGUCCUGGGCAGCGUCUCGCAGUUCGAGGAGUUCGGCCGCGUUUUCCACUGCCCCAAGAACUCGCCCAUGAACCCGGCGCACAAGUGCUCGGUGUGGUGAGGCCGCUGGCCCCGUGGGCUGGCACCCUCCCGGUCCCUGUCCCUGCCCGGGUGCCUGUCCCCCCUCCAGGCACAGGGGGCACCCCCAAAAUAGGCGCCCGCUGUAGGGGGUGCCAAGGCA